AUGUCAGGCAUCAUGAGCCCCACAGUACCAGCUGUCCAGCAUCAACUGGAUGAGAAAUCUGAUGCAAUCAAUAUGGCAGAAGUCAAGGAACGCUACGAGCAAGAAAGACAGAAGCGUCUCCGCGAUGACGGAAAUGCACAGUACAUCGAAAUUGCCAAUUCAGACGAUUAUGGGCGGUUCGCCGAAGAUCCAUGGGUUGAUCCGGCAUCGAUCGAGCCAAUUGAGGGCAAAUUUCCGAACGACCGCAUUGAGAUGCUCAUCAUUGGAGCUGGAUGGGGUGGGUUGCAGUACGCCGUCCGCAUGGUUGAAGCAGGUUUCCGCCCUGAAGACAUUCGCAUUAUUGAUCCUGCUGGUGGCUUUGGUGGUACAUGGUACUGGAACCGAUAUCCUGGUUUGAUGUGUGAUAUCGAGAGCUAUACCUAUCUCCCGCUCUUGGAAGAGACAGGGUUCAUCCCGAAGCACCGAUAUUCCCAAGGUGAAGAGAUCCGCAAAUAUGCCAAUCUUGUUGCCCAGCAAUUUGGCCUGGCUCAUUACGGGGUAUUUCAGACUCAAGCUCAGAAAUUGGUGUGGGAUGAAAAUGCGAAGGAGUGGCAAGUUGAUCUAGUGCAGCAUCGAAAGGACGAAGCACCACGAGUUCUUAGCAUCCGUUCCAGCUUCGUGUCGCUCACUGCAGGUGUACUCAACUGGCCGAAGUUACCUGGUAUUCCUGGGAUUUUGGAUUACCAAGGCGAUAUGUUCCAUUCAUCCCGUUGGGCAUACGGUAUUACUGGCGGUACUCCCGAAGAUCCCUCACUCGUUAAGUUGAAUGAUAAACAGGUUGCCGUUAUCGGUACUGGAGCAACCUCUGUGCAAAUCGUUCCACAGCUUGCACGCUGGUGCAAACAUGUGUAUGUUAUACAGCGGACGCCUGCGGCAGUCGACGACCGUGACCAGAGAGCAACCGACGAGGAAUGGUUCCAUAAGGAGGUAGCUGCGUUCAAGGGCUGGCAGCGAGUACGGAUGAGAAACUUUCACGAGCACUUCACGCUCAGGGAGCAACCAGCAGUCAAUCUAGUUGACGACGGAUGGACUCGUGCGCCCGGUUUAAUUGGGCUUUCCGGCAAUCCUUACGGACCAAGGCUACCGGAAGAAGUUCCGGCACAUACUGCAAAUUUGGUUGAAAUCGAUACCCCUCGACAAAACCGCAUUCGUACCCGAGUGGACCAGGAGGUUAAGGAUCCAGCUACGGCAGAGAAGUUGAAGCCUUGGUAUCCAUCCUGGUGCAAGCGUCCUCUGUUCCAUGACGACUAUCUGGCGGCCUUCAACAACGACAAUGUAACACUAGUCGAUACCGAUGGUAAGGGCGUUGACAGCAUCACUGCUGAUUCCCUAGUCGUUGGCGGCGAGAGUUAUAAAGUGGAUAUCAUUGUGUUUGCUACUGGCUUUCGUGCACCUCCUUUAGGCACGCCAGCCGACAAAGCGAAUUUGACAGUGAUUGGCAGCAAUGGUAUCUCUAUGAGUGAAGAAUGGCCCCGCUGCGGUCCAACAACCUUGCACGGUGUCCUCGAUACCAAGUUCCCGAACCUAUUUCUAUCGGGUCCCCAGCAGGCCUCCAUCAGCGGUAACUAUCGCUUUAAUCUUGAUGGAUAUGCAAAACAUGUGGCCUAUAUACUCUCCGAAUCAAAGCGUCGAGCUAAUGGGAAACCUUUCGCCGUCGCACCGACGACUCAGGCGGCAGAGGAUUGGGGAACACAAGUUAUGAUGCAUGCGGCGCCAAUGGCAGUUGCGCUAGGAUGUACACCGGCGUACUGGAAUCUUGAGGGCGACCUUGAUCGUGCUCCCCCAGAGCAUCAAAUGGUCAUUGCUCGCUCAGGUCUUUGGGGAUCAGGCAUCGAACAUUGGCUUAAUGUCAUUGAAGGCUGGCGCGCCGAAGGUGGUAUGAAAGGUAUUGAUGUGCGAGUCUAG